AUUAUUAAUGUGUUCAUCAUCUGAAUCUUCAACUAUUUCAUGGAUAUCUCCAACUUCUCACAUCCUUCCAGUGGCUUGAAUGACUGGGUCUCUUUCUUUUCCUUUCCUCAUGUCUGGUUUCUUCCUUAUUUUCAUUCAGUUUACAAGGACGAAAUAAAUCCUCCAAAAUCGUUCAGCAUGCAAGUGCUAAUGGAAUAUUCAUGGGGGCAGCCAUAUUGAAAUUGCCAGGCAGUUGGCCUUCUAUAUAGUGAAAUCAUAGGAAAAUCUGCUUCUCCUUUACUGAAUAUGCAUGUUAACUAUUAGCUGACCACCCUAUCCUAUGACUAGUCACCUAAAGCAGCACAUGCACAUGGAUAUGGAAAAAGGGCGUAUGGGCACAUAUGCCCCUUUUCCAGAGAACUCCUCAAUUACAUACCAACUUAAUUAGUGUAUUUUAGCUCAACAAAGUUAGCUAUUUUGACCAAGAGGGUGCUACAGUAUUGGAAAUAUAAGUAACCCUUUACAUUUUUUAAUCAGUAGUUUUUAUGAGAACAAAGUUUAAAAUAAAAGCUAAAGUGGGAUGCCCUUUUUCAGCAUGGGGAAGCUCAAAUCGAGUGAGACUGGGGGAUGUAAAGACCCUGACUUUGACAAAUGGCAAGAUGACUACAGCCAGAAGAGGAUCGGCUGUUCCUCAGGUAAAAUGUGUUGGAGGUUCUGCAGGGUGCAGUGCAUUCACGCCACACGUUAUCCAGUGCUACAAUCAAGGAUAUGAUGGAAGGACAUAUCAGUGGAAAUGUGUAGCUGACAUGGAUGAUAGAUAUACGUUUGGCCGCACAGAUGUCACCUGUGAGGGAUAUGACAGUCCAUAUGAUGAGCACAUCCUUGCUGGAUCUUGUGGGGUGGAGUAUACAUUGGAAUUGACUGAGGCUGGAAGAAGAGAUAAAGGGUCUGGUGACUCAUGGAGUUCAGGUCAUUCAUAUGACAAGCACAGUGGAAGUGGUUGGGGUGGUAACUUCAUUAUCAUGAUUGUUGUCUGCAUACUCAUCUAUGCAAUCUACCGAACCUGUGUUGCACAGGAACAUCUAUCAACCAGCUAUAAUGCAGAUGAUUACCCAUCAGAUAACCCCACACCUGGUGGAGGUGCUCCUCCACCAUAUGGUUUCCACCCAGAUUACACACAGAGGCAGCCACCUCCUCCACGUGGUUUCCGCCCAAAUUACACACAAAGGCAGCCACCACCCCCACAGGAUACCUGUGGGCAGCCCCGAACAGAAUCACCAGGCUUGGGUGGAUUCUGGACUGGAGCUGCCACUGGAGGACUUCUUGGCUAUAUGUUUGCCAAGGAGAUACAUACUAUGGAAGGACGCAGCCUGGUAGUGGUUGGAGAAGCAGCAGCCCAACAUACACACAUGUGCACUCAACUGGUACGACGGGAGGGCCCUCUCCGGAGAGACACCGAAGACGUGAAGCAACAGGCUUUGGUACCACCAUCAUGCGAUGACUCCCAUUCUCCUCCCACACCUACGAUCCAUUAACUUGACUAGAGGAGCUAUCAUUCCCCAGAACCCCCUCAAGAGAGAUACCAAUGUGAAGGAACAGGCUAUGGCACCACCAUUAUGCAAUGACUCCUGUGCCUGUGAUCCCUUAACUUCACUAGAGGAGCUACCAUUCUUUAUCACAUCCUCAGGAUUGAGUGAACCAAAAGUGUAUUUUAUUAUGUCAUUUCAGAUCUUAUGGAAUGCAUUAUCAUGCUGGGGAAACAGCUUUUAAUGGAGUAGGCCUACCAGUCCUAUCUUCAUUUUUAUGACUGUCUUGCUGCUGAAUAAGAACUAGGUUAAAAAGUGGCUUACACAUUGCACAUGGCUGAAACUGUACAAACAAUGGGAUUGUCAAAAUAAAAAUGGAAAAAAUUGAGCGUUCUCAUCCUCACAAACUGUCACA